AUGGGAUUCCAGAAGCCAACGGUCGCUUUGUGCUGUGUGUUGCUGAGUGUCUUCGUAACAGGUGAGGUGGAACACAGAAUAUCUACGGAGUGUCACAAAAAGAAUUAUCACAUCAGAGAAGAGCUUGUUGUUUCUUAUAGUACGCCCAUAACAAGACGUCAGAGAGAUAAUCCUUAACUUUUUAUAAGUAAAAUGAAUGAAUUGAAUUUCUUUGCUGUGCUCGCUUUUACCACUUCCUCCGGCAGACUUUUCCAGGUAUCUACUACCCUCUCUGUAAAGUACUAUUUUAUUCUCUUUCUCCAAUCAUCCCUUAUUGUUCUAGUCCCUUUAUUGGAGAUAUGUAGGACUGCGUGACUUGCACUGUUUAUUGCUGUAUAAAUCCAUAGAGAACUUACUGUAAUGAAUGAUCUAAAUGAAAGGGUUCCAUUAAAUGUAGAAAGCACAAUGUGUAUUCUGACUGAUUUUGUUAUGUUUUUUUAGAAAACUUUGUUACGGAUAGAAAAGUGUAACUAGUGUCACUAGUGAUACACAGACAUCAAAAUAUCAGAAAUGAAAUCAUAGUUGACUUGGAGAAUUUCUACAGUUUAGCUAUUUUGUAAUUAAUUUUGUUUUCCCCCAAAUUCUCAGUUUAGUAAAUAGCUCUCUCAGUGCUGCAAAUAAGUAAUUGAGAGCCAUCAAAGUAUGGAUUUGCAGUUUGCUUUAAGAUAAAUUGUAGUAAAAUUAAUGAUAUGAAGAGAAGACACCGGGACAGCUCUCAAUCAUUCAAUAAAACAAAAAUGUGCAUCUCUGUGUUUAGCUGAAUCAGCAACAUUGUAAUUACAUCCUGCAAUGGGUUUGGACUUAAAACACAUUAAUUGCAUUUAAUAUAUUUUGUUCAUGGUAUUUCAUUUGUAAAACACUGAAUCAGUUUUAGCUGAGGAUGGGAGUAUUCUGUAAAAAUAGAUGUUACAUGGAACCGAAAAAAAAGAUAAAUUAAAUAAGAUAAGAAUCAUUGUGGCCAUCAGUCGAGGAGUUACCGAGACAUUGUGUUGAUGUUUGUACAUUACUGUCACAGAAGAUAAAUAUCUCAUAAAUAGAGAGUGUGCCAAAGUCUGAAUCCUGUCUUGACAACCUGCGUCGGGCAAAUGUACUUCCAAAACAAAAACCUUUCAACGCUUUAUUUUUAUUUAUUUUUUUACUAAAAAUGAAAUUGUUACAAAUUGAAAUCCACUUGGUAAAAUUUAUGUUGAAGUAGGCAAGCAGUGAUGAUAACAGAGUAUGAGAAUUUUUCCAGAUUACCUGUUUUGUCAUAAAAUUUUACCACAUGACAGGAGGCUUCCUAUUUUGCAUUAAACUCUCUUUACUAACUCACACAGCAGUAAAGAAAAGUGAAACAUUAACCAAUCAAAAUGCAAUAGGAAGCAUAGUAUUCACAGUGAUGAGGCUCCUCCCCCUCUUUCUUUACUGCUCCAUCAGCAGACAGGUCAGAGUUUUUGGCUCUUCCCUAAUUGUAUUGAAUUAUGUUACCUUUAUGAUUUCUCCUUAUCUAUGGAUGUUUAUUUUCUGGGGUUUUUUCUUCCCUAUCUGUCUCUUAGGACUUUCUGUUCCCCCCUUUUACAUUGUACUAUCUCCUCUCAGGGAUUCUUCCCUGCUGCUUUCCCUCCCUGCCCUCAGGGACUUGUAUUUGUAUACUGCUAUCUUUCCUCAGAUCUACAUUUAUAUUGAUUUUAUUUUACUUAUUGUAUUUUAUUCUACUUUAUUUUAUUAUCUAUCCGUUUUUGCUUUUUUCAUGGCACUUUCCGAUCUCACUUUCCCUGAGAUCGGAUCGUUGGUUUUGUCCUUGAGGGUAACGCUCACCCUCCACUCUCACCGUUCUCCUCGCGGCCUCUCAGCCGCAAUCACUGGCCGGCACGGCGGGAAACCCCUUUCCCGUCUCCCCGGUGGCCAUAUUGGAUCUCGCGUCUCGCGAGAUUACCUGCGGCCGACCACAAAUACUAGCUCACCAUCCAGGCAGGGGUCAGCAAAUUUGUUCUUUGCCUAUUUAACUACCAUAACAGCUGUCAGCCCCACACAGUGGGGAACCACUAUACCCUUACUGAUAUCAGGUGGAUUUUGUGCCACCUUUCUAUUUAUAUAACUGGGUGAGGCCCUUUAAGUACUGCUGCUUUCAGGUGGAUUUUGUGCCACCUAUAUAUGUAUAUAAUCAGGUGUAACCUUGUAAUCUUCUAUUCAGGUGGAUUUUGUGCCAUCUUCCUAUACAUAUACAUAUCUGGGUGAGGCCCAGUGCAAAUCCCAAUCUACCCUGCUGGGGAAGCUGGUAUUCUUAUACCACAUACUUGGAUUUUACAUACCCACCCUGCUGGGGUGCCUGCAUUAUUAUUUUAUAUAUACUUAUACCCUGCUGGGGUUCUCCAGGUGCCACUGGUACCAUCACUUACUGUGAUCCACACCACAGACUGACCCCUAGCCUAACGUAUACCCUGUGCCAAACAAUAUUCUGAGCUAUUCCGGUCCUGCUCCUAAAACACUAUGGAUACUCCCCAGAACCCUGUAGAUUUUCAGGCAAUGAUUACUAAAGCCAUCUCCGCAUCUAUGGAGAAAGCACUUUCCAGGGUAAUGACGGCAUCAGCCGAUCUAACCAUGUUUUUCCACUAAAGCCCAACACCAUGACUAUGAUUCUGAGGCUUCAGAAACGCAGACACAGGCUGACCCACGACCUACCAAAUGCCACUGGAAGGGCGAAACGGGGAACGUUAUCCCGGGCAAAGGCAAGGCUCCAACCAAACGCCAUAAGCCGACCCAACCUACCCCCACCCCACAACACUGCUACUCCUUGCAUGAGGGGGAAGAACACCCACACUCCAUGGCUGUGCUGGACGAGUGGCAGGCCGCGGAUUCCGAUUCGCAUGAUGAUGAGUGGGGCUCGGACGUUGGAUCCCAUACGGGUUUCUUACGAGGCACGUUCCUGGAUGACAUCCAACUACCAGAUGACCUUGCAUCUGCCCAAGAGGAAGGGGAAGCCAUCCUGGACCCCACUGGACAACGCCUCUUCGACCGUCGUAAUAUCAGACACCCACGCUCGGCGGACUGGACCCCCCCCCCAAACACCUCUCCAAAUUUUUGCACCUGUGGCUCCGCAAACCGCUGGACAAAACGGUGCGCAACUGCCUACGCUCCGAAUGCCCUCGCCCUUUGUUUCCUGACCACGUAACUCAGACCCAAAAUUUGACCAGGUCAUGGCCGUGACCCCCGUUGAGGCGUGGAAAAGGGAUUCCACAGAGUCCAGGACAAAUUGCUGGACUCCAUUGGUCCACUUGCCCGCAUCAUGUCUUUGGCGGACGACGCUUUUACAUGGGCUGACCAGUUUGAUACCGGCAUAAAAGAAUGGGCUCAUGACAUAAGGGAAUGGGCACAAAGGUGCUUCUGUUUUGUUGGUAACACCAAUGUAGCCCUCUCCUCUGAGAGGCGUAAAGCAGCAUUGCUCCGCAUUGACGGUAAGCUGGUGGAAUUGGGCACCAAGGAGUUAGGAUCGCUGGCACAGGGCAAAUUGUUUGGUGAAGCUUUCCUGAAUAAACUGAACAAACAUGUUAAUAUAUUCACGUCCCUUAAUAAAGCUCAGUCUUCGAUGAAACGGGUCUUCAGGGGCCGUGCAGCCAGCCGCUUCUGGCCAUCAGGCGCCCGUUCCCACAAGUCGGCGAUAUCUCCAGCCCAAACCAUACAAUGCUUGGGCUUUGAGAUAGACUCCAUGUCCAGCACUCUGCGACUGCCAGCUUCAAAGAUCACGGCCAUCAGAAAAGAAUUACGCAGGGUCAUUUGCUGCCACUCCAUUCCACUCCGCAGCUUGGUGCGGAUAGUAGGCCUAUUAUCCGCCUCCAUCCAGGCAAUCUUCCCAGGUCCGCUCCACUACAGGGCGAUGCAACGACUGAAGACGUCCUUUCUUCGCCAAAACCCUUCCUGCUACCAAACCAUCCCGGUAACGGAGGAGGUUCAAACAGGAACUCACAUGGUGGUUGGACAGCAUGGAGGCAUGGAACGGCCGGGCCAUCUUCGGGAGCACACCCGACACAGUCCUGGAAUCGGAUGCCAGCCUCUGGGGCUGGGGCGCCACUUGCGAAGGCAGGUCGACAGGCGGCACUUGGACUUCACAGGACCUCGACCUUCACAUAAAUUGUCUGGAACUCCUGGCGGGGUCGUUUGCAAUCCGCAGCCUGGCAAGAGACAGGAAGCACUGUUGCAUCCUCCUCCGGAUAGACAACGUCUCUGCGGUCCGCUACAUCAAGCGCUUGGGAGGUGCACGAUCCCGACUCCUCUCGGAGAUAAUGAAACAGAUCUUCGACUUAUGCCUGCCACGCAAUAUCUCCCUCAUAGCGGAAUAUCUCCCGGAAGAAACGAGCCUGACUGCGGACUGGUUCUCGCGCCACUGGCGAGACAGCAGCGACAGGAGACUGGACCCACAGAUCUUCCAGCGCCUCUCGAUCAGGAGAGGUCCCUUCCACCUGGAUCUGUUUGCAUCACGCAACAACAAACAGACAACCGACUACUUCAGCUGGCUCCCGGACCCGGAGAGCAGGGCAGUGGACGCGUUCCUCCAACCAUGGCCAACCAGGGGAGCAUAUGCCUUUCCCCCGUUCGCCAUGAUAGCGAGGACGAUUCAAUGGCGGGGCCAACCCUGGUUCCCGGACCUUCUAGCAUCGUCCUCCAUGGGGCCCCUUCUCAUACCAUGCUAUCCAACGCUCCUCACGGACCCGAGAGGCAACCCACAUCCUCUCAACCUGGAGGACCGUCUCACAUAGGUGGCUUGGACUCCUUCAGGGGUGCCUGGCACACCAGCGAGUUGUCGCAGGCAGCUAGAGAUCUCAUAUGGGAUUCAUGGGCUCCAGGAACCAGACGAUGUUACCUAUCAGCUUGGAAUUCCUGGUCCUCUUGGUGCAGUGAAUGGAACAUCGAUCCCUUUACUGCCCCUGUAACGGCCAUGCUGAACUUUCUUUCCUUUCUUUUUUCCGCGGGUCGUUCUUACCGCUCUCUAAACAUUGUGCGCGAUUUCGAUGGCCCACGUCCCGGUCAGGGGGAUCCCCAUAGGGAAAGACCCCCUGGUCUGCAGACUUCUGGGGCAUUCAACUACAAAGGCCCCCUAAACCCAAAUACUCCCGCUUAUGGGACGUUGACGUUUUCCCACGAUUCCUGAGGGACUGGCCGGACAAUGGCUCUCAGCUAAUAUGAUUCUCCUGCUCUGCCUAGUCUCGUUCCGCCGGGUAUCGGACUUCCGAGCAUUCGACAUCGACGCCUUUUCAGUCUCCCCAGAGGGCGUUACCUUUCGAGUCUCGAGUCGGACGAAAUCGGACUCUACGUCGGUCUUCUACCCGUUCUUCCCUUCUGAUCCACAGCUCUGCGUGGUUUCUACCCUACGUCGGUAUGUGGAAGUCACAUCUCCGCUCCGGGUCUCCUCUUCGGGACAGAUUUUGGUGUCUUACAUUAGACCACACAUACCAGUCUCGGUUACUACCCUAGCCAGGUGGAUAAGAUGGAUUCUAUCACUGGCUGGAGUGGAAGAGGUCUUCGGAACCUUCGAAGUCUUCAGCUUUCUCGGCGGGAGCUUCGCUGACUGACAUCCUACAUUCCGCGGACUGGUCGCGAGAAUCUACCUUUCGGACGUUUUACCUCCGCCCGAGCUCGGGAGCAGCCUCAUCUCUCCUGCAUUAGCGUUAAAAAUGCAAAAUAGGAAGCCUCCUGUCAUGUGGUAAAAUUGAAGAUUAUGCUAGCGUUAGUGUACUUAUAAUCUUAAUUUUAGUAAUGACAGGAGGCGAGUAUUUUCCCGCCCGUCCCUCCCUUGCGAGGUAAGACUCAAGUAAGUAUAUUUGCCUCCGCUAUCUCCUCUGUCUCUACCUUGAUUCAGAUUCUGUUUAUAUUUUCUCGCUCUGGAGAUUUAUAGUCAGUAGACUUGGGUUGUUUUUCUUACGCUGAAUCUGCUAUCUAUCGUUGUAGUCGAUAAUGUGAUAUUCCUGUAACUAAUCGUGGGUUAUUAACAUUACUUUAGCCAGUUUACAGACCGGUACCUAACCCAUUUCACAUUCUCUUUCAGUGUAAAUCCGUGGCUUUACAGCUCAUUCUCAGGAUGGACACCUUUGCAACUUCUCCCAUUCCAUUUUCGUUUCUUGGGAAGUCGCCCGUUGGCGCAUGUUACUGGACUUUGGACUCUAUGGAACUCUAUUCAUGAUGUCGCUUUCGAAAGAGGGGGAGGAGCCUCAUCACUGUGAAUACCAUGCUUCCUAUUGCAUUUUGAUUGGUUAAUGUUUCACUUUUCUUUACUGCUGUGUGAGUUAGUAAAGAGAGUUUAAUGCAAAAUACUCGCCUCCUGUCAUUACUAAAAUUAAGAUUAUAAGUACACUAACGCUAGCAUAAUCUUCAAUUGUCAUUCAGAUUUUAGUUUGAGCAGCUCACAAUUUAGUUUUGUGUGUGUGUGUGCAUGUGUCACAAGAUAGUCAGGAUACAUAACUUACAUGCAAUAAGGUAGUGAGUUUAACAUACGCCAUUUUUUAGGAGGGUAUAAUAACAGGAUUAUAAACAUGCUUAUGAGAUCUAUCCAGAACGAGAUUCUGGCAUCAAAAGUUAAAGUAUGGAAGGCUAUCUAUAUAUUGGGUUAAGUAUUAGAAUACAAGAGAUUAUCUCCUAUUUAUAUCUGAUUAUCUCCUAUUUGAGCUGCAAAACAAGGUAUAUCAAGCUUAGUUGACCUGUCUGUGUGUAGGGAAUAGGCUUUCAGACACAAAAAGGUGAGAAAAGUCUAAGCAAAGUGAGUUGGUAAUCAGGCUAACUGGCAGUGAAACUAGACAGGAGUGUGCUUUAAAGUAAAGUAAAGUGAGUACCACUGAGACUGAGUAACACUCCAACAGGUUAAACAAAAAUAUAAGAACGUGCUUAAAGUAAAUGGUGGCUAAGCGUGCUAGGACUAAACAUUGCUAUAUGAACCACCCUACAGGUCAUUAUAGAGGGAGAUGGGCUCCAGAGACAAUCUGCUUGGGGUGGAAGUCCCAGGGGAGACUGCAUGGGUAAGAGUCUCUGGGUGUGGUAAGGCAAUUAGCCUAUGCCCCUUCAUGAGGCAUAGUCGCCAGGUGCUGCGGACGGGUUCCGCUUCCAAGUAUAUCAGGGAAACAUCCUGAAAGGGCUCUGCGAGAUAUAGGACCAGACAUGCUCCAGCGUAGGCCCCCAGACUGCUGGGUGGUCAGGGCGAGACAAGGGUCGAUUCCGGUGCUUCUCGCUGGCAUGGUGUCGGAGCCAUCUCCUCUGUCGGGCGCAUAUAUGCAGCAAGGGUUCCCACUCCCUCCACCACAGCUCCUCAAGGGUACAAGAGGGCUCUUUUGCCGCCCAGAGCGGUCCAACUUCUUGGGCCCCCUGGGUAUCUCCGGUGGGGGAUAAGUAAGUAUGUGGGUGCUCUUCGUGGCGAGAUCAGCGCUUGUAAGCCUGUGGUCAGGUUCCGCUCAUUGCCUCAGUCUCUCCCAGAUUUUCACAAAUUUCGUCAAAUGCUGCCAAAAGCUUAGAGUAGGCCUCGUAUGGUGCACAUGGUCAUGUUCUGGCACCAUUUUGAGAGCGGUAAUGAGGCCCAUGGAUUUGACGGGGCGCACUUAGUUCAGUCCCAGAUGAAGGUAAGUGGUUGAGAAUGCUGGGAUAAUCCAAGGGGGGGGAAGACAGGGAUGCCCACCUUGCGUCUGACUAGAACGUGGGCUGAGGGAUCGGCCAUCUCCCCCAGUCCCGUACCGCCAGGCUUCUACUAGGCCGCAAUAUUGCCACUGUGGGUCAUCCACCGGUAUAAGCAGUGGUGGCUAUCAAAUGUGUUAACGUGAGAGUCCUGGGUGAGCUGUGAUUCAGCAGAGGUGUUUAAGUCAAAGAUGGAGGUAUUAGAGCCAUCAAAAAGGUCAAUAACAACAGGAUUACUCCCAGAGCUCAUGUGAUGUGCGACCGUUCGCCGUACUGGGCAAACCCCGACCCCCCGGAUAGUUUGAAACCCAGUGAACCAUAGUUUAUCAGAGUACUUUGUAUAUUUGUAUCCACAGAGAUCACAUCUUUGCCUGAGCAAUGUUUCCAAUUGUGUAAAUAGUUAUUAUGCCUAUAGGAGUCCUAUGUUAGGGGGUACCAAGCUGAAUGGGCGAGCAAUGAAACUUGCAGUAAUAAGAAUAAACAAUGUGUAUCACUUAAUGAAAACUAUACCACUUUCAGGACAAAUGAACGAGCAACCCUUGGUGACCACAAAAUAUGGGAAACUACUUGGGAGAAAGGUGAAGGUACUGGAGACAGACAGACCAGUAGACGCUUUUAUGGGAAUCCCUUUUGCAAAGCCACCAAUUGGUGAAUUAAGAUUAGCUAAUCCUCAGCCCCCAGAACCAUGGAACUCUAUCAGGGAUGCAGCUAAAGACCCACCCAUGUAAGUAUAUGGUAUCACUCAACACUCAACACAAACUAUAUUUUCAAUUAAUACAGCGAGUUGUGCUAUUGUUGCUUGUUUGUUUCUUUGGGGUGGGGGUGUUUGCUAGUUUUUAUUCACUGUAUCUUCAAAACCACUGAUACAAUAUUUCCAUCCUGUCUUAUAUGUUUGUAAAUGUGUAAGCAAAGUGAACGUGAUGGACUUUAGUCUUAUUUUCUAAAGAUCACCAUGUAACUAUGUAAUGGUCACCCCAGUCUUGAGACCAUGUUAAUGUCAAAUCACGCAAGAACUGCAUUUUUUGGAUAUUUGUUUAAUUUUUUUAAUGAGUGCGGUAUUGUCCAGGUGUUUACAAAACCAUAGAUUAAUGGAAUUGAUAAAGGAGCUUUUCAAGAUUGAGACUCCGUUGCCCCCUAUUUCCGAGGAUUGCUUAUACCUUAACGUUUUCACUCCAGGAGACCGAGAAAAUAAUUCUAAACUACCAGUAAGUACGGAUACAUUAAUUUUGUUAUUAUAGAAGAUAUUGAUUGAAUGCAAUUUGUGUAACAUGUCAUAAAAGUAAUUGAAGCAAAUAUAUGAUAUACAAUGUUUAUCAGACUAGAAACAUAUAUAGAAGAAACUCAAACAUCAUUUGAUUCAGUGGAGGAAGAAGAUUGUGAUCCAAUGUUUUAAAAAUUAAAUCUGAAGGAUAUCUUUCUCUCCAAACACCCUAUUGUCAAAAAGAGAAGAUUACGUCAUGUUUGAAACAAAGAAACAAAAGAGCUUGUGUCUACGAGGCAAAUUAAUUUAUAGACUUGGCCAGUACCACUUUUAAUCUCUUAUGUACUUUUUAUGACUUUGGGUUCUCCACGUCCCUUAUCAAAUCCUCCCUUUCUUGUUCCCAAGACUUUUUGAAACCUGCCCAAAUCCCCUGGUACCCAUAUACCUUCAUACAUUCAGACUCUCUCACAAUUUCAAAAUGCUUAGAACACUAAUCAAAGUCUCAUAAUUCCAUGAAGUCAUUUAAUCUAGAGACCUAGUCUGCUAUUUACAUCAGCUUCUCGAAACCUACUAUAGCUGUAUGUUUGUUGAUGUCAUACUCUUUACUCAAUUUAUCCUACACGACAUGACGCGUUCCCAUCAAUAAAAGAUAGAAAGGAAGAGAGUGGAACUAGGUCAAGUGGGAAAUGUAAAGAUGUGACAAUUUAGGCCAAUAAAAUAGGAGGUGCAGGGCUAAAAUUAUCCAGUUUUGUAGGGUGGAUGUAGACCCACAUUUGGGUUCCAUUUUGUAUGAAGCAUACCGACUAAGGUUUCAUUUCUUUUUUGGCCAGGUUAUGAUGUUUAUACAUGGUGGAGGCUUACAACUUGGAGGUGCCAUAUUUUUUGACGGUGCUGCAUUGAGUGCUUUUGAAAAUGUUGUAACUGUGUCAAUCCAGUACAGACUGGCAAUCUUGGGAUUCACGAGGUAGGUCCUGAUUCAGACAAUGUAUAUGUACCCAUGUUUACAGUAACAGUUGUACAAUUACAGAAGAAAGAAGAAUUGAAAAAGUUAACAGUUUUUCACACAUCCCUCUUUCUGCUUUUUAUCCAAAAUUGGAAAAAUAAAAUGCUAAAAAUCUAAUUUCAUCAGUUUCAAAAUGUGUCAUAAAAAGUGACAAUUCCCUCUAUCAGAUCCAUAAAUCAUUAGGGUUGAUCAAAAGUUAGUUCCUUAGUGUGUAUUAAACUAUAAUAUAAUCGGUAGAUGGAUUAGCGCUAAGUGACCACUAGGUGGUGAUAGUAUCUAGAGAAAAGGCAGCAACCUAAAAUAUGGUGUUCCCUCAAAACACAACAAUAAAAAGUACAAAAUGUAAAAACAAAAACAAAAUAUUAGGUUGUGCCAAAAAUGUAAACAAUGCGUACUUACAUAGAAUGAAUGAAAUAAAAUAAAGUCCUGAUAAAAUAUAUGAAGUAAAAGUAGUCCAAGUUUGAUUGUAGGGAUGAGAAAGGUAUUGUGGGUUUUAUGAAAUCCGAGGUAAUUCGAUGUCCGGAUCACGCAGAAACAUACAAAUAAAAAAAAAAAGUACCAAUCGUGUAAAACUGUGGUGGAGAGACGGAGGUUUUCUUAAUAGAAGUGCUCCUACUCACCUAUAGUAGAGCUAUAACCAGCUCAGGAAUAAAUUGCUUUCAGUGGCGUUAAUCCCCCACUGGUAGAAUAUAGGUGAAGGUUAGUAGUACAGGUCCUCAUGAUGGGGAGAGAGAAAAACAGAAACAAAUAGUGCUCUCUGUAUGUGUCAAUAAAGAUAAAUAUUUUAAAAGGUAUAGUACUCACAUGAGAGUGAGCAGAGAAUUCUGCUCACUGUGGUAGCGUAGGUGGUAUAAUCCCCCCUGGGAUUCUUGGGUGAGUCAGGAAUCCAGUGUAUUCAGUGACCAGGUAAAAACAAUAAAAAUAAUAAAAAAAUGCUAUGUGUAAAAAAAGGGUAUAUGGCACAAGUACAAAUUAAGGAGCCAAUAUUACUUUAAUAAAAUGAGAAAAGAUACAUUAAAAAGCAGCCAAACGCGUUUCACCAAUAUAUGGACUCAUCAAGUGGCAAUAAAAGCAAUACCUGGUACAUAGGAGUUUAUAUAGAUACUGACAUACACUUAAUUAUUCGAAUUUGGCGCCAAAAUGACGUCACAAUUAAAAUUAGCAUGCAUUAUAAAACUGAUCAAAAUCCAUACAUACAUAUUACGAUAAGUUUUACAGAGUUACAAUAUACAAUUUAUUUUUCAAAACAAAGUGGUGCCUAGGGCGUACCUUUAAAAAAGCAAGAGAUAAUACAUUCUAGAUAAAACACACUGUGCAAUAAGGGGACCUAAAACAUUUCAACUUUUUUUCAAGAAGUGUGUAGGGAGGCUGUGUGAGUCACAGCCAGGGGAAGUGUGGCUCGGGCUGCAUAAACAUAGUGUUUUAACUCCUAAAUGUCAGAAAAUUGAGCGGUGAGACUGCAGAGGCACACUCCAUACACCAAAACCACUUAAUUUGGCUACAGCUGUUUUUGUACUUAGAGUAUCCAUUUAAGCUUGGGUGAUUAUUAAAAAAAAAAACAGCUUCUCAAUACAAAUCCCAUAUAUAAAUAGAAGUGUGUUUUCAGCUUAGUUGGUGCUAAGAGUGUGUCUUUAAAUAAAUAUUUUUUUUAAAGUGGGAACAAAAUAUUUACAUAUUUUAUUCACUUAGUAAAAUAAUGUUAUUUAUUAUUAUUUAUUGUUUUUCUUUUCACUAUUUUAUAAUGUUUAUUCAAUAUAAUAUCUGCAGAUUUAUAAUUAAAAGAGCACUCCCACUUCCAAACAACUUCAGCUUAUUUAAGUUGCUCUGGUGGUUGGAGUUUCCAGGAGUGUCUUACCCAUUUUUCUAAAGUUUAACAUUGAAGUUUGGACUUUGGGGCCUGACACUGUUGUCCCCACAGUUUCUGUUCUGCCUCCGCAGGGUGAGGAAGGUUUAGCUGGGAGGCAGGUGAUUGGCUUAGAGCAUCAGCUUACAUACAAUUUUUCUCAAUGGUGGCUAGUGGUAGGUUAAGAGAGUCAGCUGAUAUUCUCGACCAAUCACCAAGUGUCUGGCUAAACCUUGCUCAAACUGAGGAAGAGAAGAAGGUGGGCAGUCUUGUCAGGCGCCAGAUAUCCCAACUUCGGGGUUAAAGAGUUACUCCAACUACCAUAACCACGUUAGUGGUUUGAAGUGGUAAUAGUGGUAGGAGUAUGUAUAGGCAGUGUUUCAGUUUGAACCACUGCACAUACUGAGUUAUUUUUCAUUGUGUGCUGAGGGCUAGUUGCACUCCCAGCAUAAGUGACUAAGGCAGCCUGAAACUUUGUUCUGGGUUGACUAAUAUCAAUUCUGUGCAUAUCUCAUUCCCACAGCCCUUGCAUGUGUGUCAUUGCCUCCAUCCCAGCCCCUCCAUAUGUGCCAUUCCCUCCAUCCCAGUAAGUAGUGUCUGUUUCUGUUGGUGUGUAAAGGACGCGUUGUGUGUUUCUGUGUGUGUAAGGAAUGCAUUGUGUGUCUGUUUGUGUAAGAUAUGCAUAUUGUGUGUGUGCAGGGAUACAUUGUGUGUUUCUGUGUGUGUGUGUGUAUGUAGGGAUGCAUUGUGUGUGUGUGUGUGUAGGGAUUCAGUAUGCAGUGUGUAUAGGGAUUCAGUAUGCAGUGUGUGUAGGGAAUCAGGAAGCAGUGUGUGUAGGGUUGCAGUGUGUGUGUGUGUGUGUAGGGUUGCAGUGUGUGUGUGUGUGUGAAGGGAUGCAGUGUGUGUGUGAGUGUGUAGGAAUUCAGUAUGCAGUGUGUGUGUGUAGGGAUUUAGUAUGCAGUGUAGAGAUGCAGUGUGUGUGUGUGUGUGUGUAUGGAUGCAGAUGUGUGUGUGUGUGUAGGGAUGCAGUGUGUGUGUGUAAGAGCAUGUUUUCUGGGUAGGAUAGGGGCUGUGGGGGCUAAAGAGGGAGCAUCUUUUUUAUAUCUAUUUUGUAAUGUAAUUUAAAAACAUUUAUAUAUUUAAUAUAUCUCCCCCUCCCUGUGUCCUACCAGUAUCCAGGGAGGGGGCAGCAUAUUCCCUGGUAGUCCGGUGGUGCUGCAGAGGCUCUAUACCUUCACCUCUGCCGGGUGAAGGCUCUUCCCGCGAGUCCCGGGACCAAGUGUAAGCGAGCAUUGCCGUGGUUACCGCGGCAACACUCGGAAAGUCGGGACUCAGCACAGAGUUGAGGGCAGAGAGUCUCCUCCCCUUCCUGCUGUGCAAACUCUGCAAAGACCUAGGGAUUGACAUCAAAAGAUCUUCCUGACCGGGUCUGUGUGCUUGUAAGGGGCCGGGCUCGCGAGGCCCUCAGGUGGCAUGGGCCCCUUACAAGUGAAGUGGCUGUAUCCCCCGACUGGCCCACGGUUGCAGGGAUCGGAUCAUUGCUGUGGCCGGGCCCCCUGUAGUGACGGGCCAGGUCACAGUUGCGAUCCCUUCGACCGUGGUAGGUACACCACUGGAGAUAGCUAUCUCCUCCCACCUUGUGGGUGCUCCCUCCCAGCUCCUUCCGUUCAGGAACUCAACCUCCACACUCUCCUCUUCCUCUACUUGCGCAUGCACUUUGAGUCAGUGAAUUGGUUCAUUCACAGACUUCACUAGUGAUUGAUUAACCCUUUUUCCUGUAUGUAGAAACAAAAAGAGAUAAAAUCUAUCAGUCGUUGGUGAAUCCACUAAUCUCAACAUUUUUUUUUUUGUGUGCUUGUUCUAUAUUAGUACUGGACACGACGACUUACCGGGCAAUUAUGGGUUUAUGGAUCAAGUUGCAGCUCUUCAGUGGAUCCAAGAAAACAUUAAAGAUUUUGGAGGUGAUCCAGAGUCUGUCACUAUUUUUGGAGAAUCUGCAGGUGGUUUGAGUACCUCUGCUUUGGUAAGUUUCUGCCACUCUCAAUGACUUGUCAAUGAAUCUAUCUCUUUACAGAAUUUCUUUGAUGCCCAUCGUCAUAUCCAAAGUACAAUCAAUACACUAAAACAAACAAUCAUCAUGUUAUUAUUUGCAAUCAUUCUUCUCCCUGCCUGUAUUCUAUUUCCAGGUGUUAUCUCCCUUAGCCAAAGGCUUAUUCCACAGGGCCAUUGCGGAGAGUGGAACUGCCCUAUUACGUAGCCUGAUGGUCAGUGACCACAAAGAAAUUAUUUCCAGACGAAAUGUGAGUAUUCUUUCUCUUCCUCCUGUGAAAUCCUACUCUCGUAAUGAAAUAUUGUCUCUUUAGGGUCCUUUCCUAUCAGAAAAUACAAAGUUCUUCAUUUGUAACCACAUCUUCUCUGAAAAAUAAACCCUUAUGCCAAGCUUGACAAUUCCAAACAAUUCAGAGUUCAUGCACAUCCACCACAUUUUCUGUAAACGGACACUCCAGGCAGCACAGCAACUACAUCAAAAGGUCCCUGGGCACUGUCUUACCACCGGUAAAGAACAGUUUAACCCCAAAGACCUAAAUCUGGCGCCAGUCAGCUGUUCCCACAAACUUCUGUUAUAGUCUGAUAACUGAAACAGGAAGCCUCGGACUGAUAGCCGUUAAAAAAGCUUAGAGCACCAGCCACUCUGAGGCAGUUUAACCACUUGAGGUAAGCUCUCGCCUGAGGACCUCCUUGCACCAUAACAACUUUAUGAAGUUGUUAUAGUGCCAGGAGUGUUCCUUUAACACAUUCAGUUUUUUCACAUUGAAGGUAAGCCAUGAAAAUGUAAUGGACUCCAUGAAUUAAUUUGCUCUGGCAGCAAGUGGAUGCGGCUUACUAAAGUGUAGCAUGUUUCAUUUUACACUUUCAGUUAGAACUAAAAUGAAAAACCAAGUAUCUUAGUCACAAAACGCUGAAUUGCAAAAUGCAGUUGGAUAAUUUUUCCAAAAUCAGCAUUUUUAUCUAAAUUUAGGAAUUGUUUUCAUUUGACUGUAUUUUUAGUGGUUAUGGGAAUAAGUCUCUGUGUGCUGUAACGGAGCUCAUAUUAACAGAUGCUACAUUGCAGAACUGUAAGGUCCAAAAUGUACAAAUAUUUUGGGUUUUAUUUCUCUCUCCAGACUCUGUAUUGUCAGUGAGCGAGGGUCUGUGUCCUCCUCUAAGCAGAGCAUAUGAGGCUCCUGACACUGAUUAAAACAGUUAGACAGACCAACUGCUGUCUGUAGAAUAAUCAGGGAACACAGCAGCUCACACUGGAAGGAACACAGCAGCUCACACUGGGGGGAACACAGCAACUCACACUGGGGGGAACAUGGCAGCUCACACUGGGGGGAACACAGCAGCUCACACUGGAAGGAACACAGCAGCUCACACUGGGGGGAACACAGCAGCUCAUACUGGAGGGAACACAGCAGCUCACACUGGAGGGAACACAGCAGCUCAUACUGGGGGAACACAGCAGCUCAUACUGGAGGGAACACAGCAGCUCAUACUGGAGGGAACACAGCAGCUCAUACUGGAGGGAACACAGCAGCUCAUACUGGGGGGAACACAGUAGCUCACACUGGGGGGAACACAGCAGCUCACACUGGGGGGAACACAGCAGCUCACACUGGGGGGAACACAGCAGCUCACACUGGAGGGAACACAGCAGCUCACACUGGGGGGAACACAGCAGCUCACACUGGAGGGAACACAGCAGCUCACACUGGGGGAACACAGCAGCUCACACUGGAGGGAACACAGCAGCUCAUACUGGAGGGAACACAGCAGCUCAUACUGGAGGGAACACAGCAGCUCACACUGGAGGGAACACAGUAGCUCACACUGGGGGGAACACAGUAGCUCACACUGGGGGGAACACAGUAGCUCACACUGGGGGGAACACAGCAGCUCACACUGGGGGGAACACAGCAGCUCACACUGGGGGGAACACAGCAGCUCACACUGGAGGGAACACGGCAGCUCACACUGGAGGGAACACAACAGCUCACACUGGAGGGAACACAACAGCUCACACUGGAAGGAACACAGCAGCUCACACUGGAGGGAACUCAGCAGCUCACACUGGGGGGAACAUGGCAGCUCAUACUGGAAGGAACUCAGCAGCUCAUACGGGAAGGAACUCAGCAGCUCACACUGGGGGGAACUCAGCAGCUCAUACUGGGGGGAACACGGCAGCUCACACUGGGGGGAAUACAGCAGCUCAUACUGGAAGGAGAACAGCAGCUCACACUGGGGGGAACACAGUAGCUCACACUGGGGGGAACACAGUAGCUUACACUGGAGGGAACACAGUAGCUUACACUGGGGGGAACUCAGCAGCUCAUACGGGAAGGAACUCAGCAGCUCAUACGGGAAGGAACUCAGCAGCACACACUGGAAGGAACACGGCACCUCACAUCACACUGGAGGGAACACAGUAGCUCAUACUGGAAGGAACACAGCAGCUCACACUGGAGGGAAAAUGGCAGCUACAUUGGGGGAAACAUGGCAGACCACACUAGAGAGACCACGUCAUCUCACACUGGAGGGAACACGGCAGGUCACACUGAGGUAAUAUGGCAGCUCACACUGGAUUUGGGCAAUUAACCACAACCCCCUAUCUGUUUUUCACAAAGAGGCUAUGGCUAUUAUUACUGUUAGAAGCGCUGGAUUAAUAUAUGCAGUAACAUAACACAAGGUUAUUUUAGACAAUCUAAAAAAAAAAUCUAAAUUCAAUUUCUUUCAAAGAAAAAUAAUUUGACCUGAAUAUACUUUUAUAUAAUGCAAUGUUCCAGCAUGUUCUUUUAUAGACGGUCUCCUGACUGCGGCAAUGUGAUUCCCAUGUGACAGUUGUUUGUGUCUGAACCAUAAAUAGGACAAUUCAUUUGCAGGACUGGACUUUUUGUUGAGUGCUAUCUUUGUGUUUUUCAGUACGUUGCCAAUAAAUCCGGCUGUGAUCCUGAUACAUUGGCGGAAUGCUUGAAAAAGAAAACUGAAAAAGAAAUCCUUUUGAUUUCGGAUUCCAUGGUAUGUUGUGUAACUACCCCAAUUAUUGUUUAAGGUAAUCCCGCAAUACAAAACGCUAGUUAGAAUUAUAACUCUUAAAGGGCUAGUCUGACCAAAAUUAAUGAUUUAAUUAAACCCUGUUUUUAGAGGUAAUAAGUCUUGCUGGGAACCGCCGCUAGGUGAUAGGUAGGAGGGGGCCCUGCAGCUGGGUGAAAGGGAGGAGGGGGCAUUGUUUGUCUGAUACCAGCAUGCUAUAUGUGCUGUUGACAGGUGCCCAAUGUAUACAGAAUUCACAUUUGCCAGUCCCGAGCUUUCAUUCUGGGCUGGCUAAUGAUGCUGAUAAAUAAAUUGCUGAAAGGAAACAUAAACUCACGUUAAAUGUUAGAGCACAGAAAUUUAAAUGUACCCUAAUCCUGGGAGAGGUGCAUGCAAGUUCUGUUAGAAAAUGAAGUUAGGCUGGAUAUCGUCCUCAAUGCAAAAAAAAAGUUAUGUAUCAUGCUUACUCCAGUACUCCUUCAGUGCAUCUCUCUGUGCUGAAGUCACUGGGACUAAUUUUUGGAUAUGCAGCUUACCAUAAAAGCCUGUAGGGUGUUAAAAAGUCAGUAUUUGGGAAGAAAUCCUCAAUAUAGUACAUACGGGUACCUGGUUUAAACAAGAUGCCUGUACAAUGCUGAGCAUUGCAGGUUGCUUUUGCAGCCUGCAUAGAAGCUCUGUAGUGGGCGCACACCUCUCCUUUCUACCCUCACUGCUUACUGGAAUGCAGUCAAUAUAACUAAAACAGCAGUAAAUACAAAAAAAUAUUGUGCUGAGCAUAGAGAAUACAACGUUGCUGUGUUCAGAUAAAUGUAACAUUAAAAACUGUUACAAAUUAUAUUUGCCUUGUGUACAGGGACUUUUAGAUGUACCUGGAUGUGUAGAUGGGGUGUUUCUACCCAAACCUCCAGAAGAGAUUAUGGCGAAUAAACAGAGCAAUAAUGUUCCCUUCAUGAUUGGCACCAAUAACCAAGAGUUUGGCUGGCUAAUAUUUCAGGUAAGAAAUCUAUUUGUCCUGUACUGAAAUAAUAUUUUUUAUUAAAAGACACAUAGAAUCAGAUUGUGUUUUGUAACAAACGUCUCGAAGUAAGAAAACCAUUCCAGGCACACAACAUUAAUAUAAGACUAAACUUUCUUCAGCUAUAAGGUUUUAAACAGAUCAGAAGUACUUGCAAGGUUCAGAUGCAGUAACAGAAUCUUGAAUUAUUAUUGUUCUUCUGUGACCAGAUGAUCAACAUGAGCGGUUUUCAAGAUGGGAUGGAUAAAGAAACAGUCCGGUCACUACUGGAAUCCUUUCACUUUUUGGUAAGUCCCAUAUCCUAUCUCUAUGCACAUUGACGGUGACCUCAGUUAUGUGUAACAAAUACCCGAUGGGUUAAUAAAAAUCUAAAAUGUAUUUUUCCAAAUGUCUCCUUGGGUAUUUUUUUUUUUUCCAAUUCUUUAUUUUUAUUGUGCAUAUAUGAAUAGCAUGCGUGCAGAGCCACAACAGCAACUGCAAGAGUUGUCAUAGCCUUUCCGAGUGUGGCAGUUUGAACAGCACUUUUUUAUAUAACAUGGAGAACAUGACUGCAAUAUUUUAUAGUAAACAUGCUAGACUCGAUAUUAUGCAUAUGUUAAGUUAUGCUUAAAGUUAUGGUAAGGUGUGUAGCAUAGCAUUUGAGGAAGAGAUUUUUAUGUUUGAGCCAAUGAUAGCUUGGUGUUAAAUGUAAAUUUAAACCAACAGUAUUUCCGCAAAUUUUAACAUGCUUGGGCUGCCCCAUUAGUUGUCCUAGCUGAUAACACAAUGCAUGAGCUGUUAAAAUAAACUCAGGUAAGAAGUAAGCACAAAAACUCUGCGCAAAAUAAAAGAAUAACAGGUUAAAGACUAUUACUGUGCUGUGCGUUAAGCUAGUGUGCGGAGAACAGUUCUUGUAUUAGGGGGCAUGGUGAGGAAGUCCAGCUGCGGUGAAAUAUGCCUGGCAGACUCCGGUUCUGUGCCUCUGUUCACCCGAUCCCCUCUGGGUGCCAGCUACAGUCCCCCAGAACCCUUGUCACCUGGAGUGUCGGAGGCAUGAAGAUGAGUAGGUGCUAGGCGUCCAGCAGGUGUUGGCGGAGGUUUACAUUGUCGGGGGGUCGGUUCUGCCCUGCUGGGCAAGGUUACAAGAGAUCUGCAACUUUCAUAAGCUAUUUUUAAAUAUACCCCAAAAGAACAAAUCCAUAAUGCAUGAUUUAAUUGGAGUAUAUCUACUUAAUAGUAAUUUAAAUUUUGUAAAAAUAUAUAUAUUUUUUGUAUUUGGGCAGUGAAGUGUAACAUUAAAGUGUGCAAUGUUAUUUCCUACUAAAAUAAAUGAAAGUGUAUGUGCUUUGUAAAGCUCAUGCGCAUUAGCUGUCAUUUCCCAUUCUCUGCUGCGUCUACUUCCAGUAAUAGGAGUUGGAGAAUUGCUUUCCAUGAAGGAUUCAGGUAAUUCCAGACAAAACACCACCAAGUGGUGACAAACAUGUAUUACAACAGGCAGAGUCUGGGCUUGGGGACGAGUCUUCCAGCGUACGUCUACAGGAAUCACAAGUCCAGGAAGCAGAAGAGGGUAUUCAUGUUACGUUACAGCCAGAAGAAAAAGAGAAAACAAAUAAAUGUUAUAAUUUUAUUUACAAACCUUGUAUUCUUUGACAGAAAAAUCCACCCCUUUAGUCACAUGGGAAUAUAUUGGGAGAGUUUUAUUGUUGAAUCACUGACUGAUACAUUUCAUGAACGGCCAAUGUAACAAUAUUAUGAAAAAUGUAAUCUUAAAUAUCACAGGAAUUGACUGAAAAAGCCAUCCCUUUGGUAAUGGAGGAAUAUUUUGUGGACACAAGUGAUACUUCUGUAAUCCGAGACCGAUUCCUGGAUUUGAUUGGUGAUAUAAUGAUUGUUAUACCAGCUAUCAAGACAGCAAAAUAUCACAGAGGUUGGUAAUACAAAGCUUUCUCCUGGGAACUUGGCAAAAUUAGUUAACAUAAAAUCAAGUUAAAGGACCACUAUAGGCACCCAGACCACUUCAGGUCAAUGAAGUGGUCUAGGUGCCAGGCCCAUCUAGGAUUAACCCUGCCUGCUGAAAAACAUAGCAGUGUCAGAAAAACUGCUAGGUUUAUAAAUGGGUUAAUCCAGUCUCUAGUGGCUGUCUCAUUGACAGCCGCUAGAGGCGCUUCCGCGCUUCUCACUGUGAUUUUUACAGUGAGAAGAUGCUAGCGUCCAUGGGAAAGCAUUGAGAAUGCUUUCCUAUGAGACUGACUGAAUGUGCGCGCGGCUCUUGCCGCGCAUGCGCAUUCAGCCAAUGACGGCAGAAGGAGGAGGAGAUUCCCCAGCGACGAGGGAGCCCGGUACUGGAAAAAGGUAGGAAUUUAACCCAUUCUAUAUCCUAGAGCCCAGCGGGAGGGGGACCCAGAGGGUGAGGGGGACCUAAGGACCCUAUAGAGCCAGGAAAACGAGUAUGUUUUCCUGGCACUAUAGUGGUCCUUUAAUGUAUCCACACUAGGUACACAAUAUAGGGCACCGCAGUCACACUUGUGGUGUUAUAGUUACCGCUCAAUAGAUGGUAAAUUGCAUGUAAAGAAAAGUAAUGGCAUAAUAAGACAUCUAUCUUAAUUGUCAGACACUUAUUGUAGCCUCAGAUAGGUGAUGUGCAUGGGCAAAAAAUUUGGUUUGGUUUGGUUCGGAAAUUCGGGUAAGUAAAAAUAAUUUAGAACAGAAAACGAGAGAAAAGGUGCGCCUUUAAUGUAAAUAUAUUGUAAAAAAUAAAAUAGUAUAGUCCAGAUAACUUAGCAAUAGUCCAGAAUAGUAGAGUCCACAAUGGAAAGGAAAAUUCUUGCAGAGCAGCAGUGAUUCAUCACGGGUGUAGACUUGUAAUUUUAGUGGAACAUAUGGAAAAGAAGCAGAAAAGGGAAAUCCAAUGGUGCAGUAUGUAAAUAUACUUGGAUAUUAAAAAAUUAUAAGUAGGUUCUACUCACAAUUUCCAGAGCUACAAUCCAGCUCUGGUAUGAAGGGCGUGAAGUGGAAUGAUCCCCACUCAAGGAUAUAUUGAGUAUAACUCAAAAUAUAGUAGUCCAACGGCGGUAUGGUUAAAAAGAAUAAAAAGAAAAGAAUAAAAAGAAUGAAAUAUAUAAUGCUCACUGUAUAUCACUGUAGUAAAAGAGUAAAAAAAAUAUGAAAUGUACUCACAAUAUAUUGAGCAGACUCACUGCUCGAUGUAUAGCGUAUGGGUGGUACAAUCCCCACCUAUGGAUUCUUUUGGCGUCUCUUUGGAUGGUAAAAAACAAUGUAGUCAGGCUAAGGAUAAAAUAAUAUAAAUAAAACGAUAAAAUAAAAAAGGAAAGUGGCAACCAAAAUAUUUAGAGCCAAAAUCCCUUUAUUAUAACAAAAUAUAAACUUAUUAAAAACUAUUUCUAGACGCGUUUCGCCUACAACAGGCUUCUUCAAGUAGAAAAUAGUAAAGACAUAGACCUGACAUACAUAGCUUUAUAUAGGGUACAUUAGUUGUAUUGGAAUUUAAAUGUUCCCGCCAAAAUGACGUCAUUAUGACCUUAAUUAAAAAGUACAUUUCAAAAACAAACAAUAAUUAUACACACCAUAUUUAAAUACAAGAGGGAGAAUAUUUGUACAUAUAAAUAUUAAAAACUAGGUGCUAAUAUGUUAAAAACUAUAAAGUAAAAAUCACGUGACUGAUUCGCUUCCGCGUCACGUUGUUAACAAUGGAACGCAUGCGUCACGUACGGGUGAGACGCAUGCGUAUGGGAAGUAAGACUGGGGUGGAGCUGGCACAUAGAGAGCAUUACGUCAUCAAAGGGGCGGAGCCCCAUGGUGACCGUGAUGCAAACUAAGUGUGCGCUAAUGUGCUGUCUGCUCAGAUGGUAGAACAGACAGCACACACACGCAAUGCCCGAACGGGCCCUGGGAUCAGGACCCGAAGGGGGAGCCCAUAACACGGAUAGGCUCCUAUUAAAACAGAGUAAGGGGCCAGACUCCACACCACCAGGAUUACACUACAGUGGUACAAAAUUACUCAUUAUCAUAUUAAAAAAACAGAACAGAGAAACAUAUCAUAAACUUUAUAUAUAUAUAUACGUACUAAAAACUAGUGAAGACAUUUUUUUAUUUUUUUUUUAUUCAAAAAAACUUCCCAUUAAGCAGAUAUAAGACCAAUGAAUAUAUAUGUAUUAUAAACAUAUGAUUGUUAAAAUAAAUAAAUAAGAUAUACAAUACAAAAUAAAAAUAGAUACAAAACAAAGGAAAGCAAUUCUUUGAUAUAAGACCAUAGGGAAAUAAACAACUUAUAUAGAUAUAUGUAAAAAAAAAAAAAAAAAGAACUAAACAAGACUAAUAAAAGAUAGAAAAAAGGAACUUAUAAAAAGUUAAAAAGGUCGACAUCUAUAUUUAGACCCUGUGGAGCAAGAGUCUUUCAAUGAAAAACCCAUUCCAUUUCUUUGCUACCUAAAAUCUUUUUUAUGUCUCCACCUCUCCAAGGGACACUACAGGUAUCUAUACCUACCUAUGCAUUUGAGGAAUUUAGUUUUUUUUUCAUGUUUUAAAAAAUGCUUUGAUACUGAAUGGUUCUCAUAACCUUUUAAAAUGUUCUGGCAGUGUUCAGCCAAUCUGGUUUUUAAGUCCCUAGUGGUCAUGCCCAUGUAUUGAAGCCCGCAUGGGCAUUCUGAUAAAUAAAUUACAUUCUUUGUACUACAAUGAAUAACAUUUUUUAUAGGGUAUGUUCUUUGUGUGAUAGAUGAUUUGAAAAAAGUGGUUUUUGAUUUAAUAGUAUCAUCCGUACGUUUGCACACUAUGCAUUUAUUACAUUUAAAAAAAACUUUUGGUUUAGUUAAAAAGGAGGGGGGGGGGGCAAGAGGAAGAGGUAGUAUAAUUUUGUUUAGUGUAAUUUUUUUGUGAGGAUGGAUUUAAAGCUGGGUGCCCCUCUAAAUAUAACAUGCUGUUUAUUGGGGAUAAUACCAGCUAGUGUAUCAUCCUGUUUUAAUAUAUGCCAAUGUUUGUUGAUAAUCUUCUUCAUAACAUUGCCUUUGUUAUUAAAGUCGAAGAUAAUUGGCAAUGAUGGAGCAUUUUUGGAAAUUCUGUUGUCUCUAUAUCAGUGGCGUACUAAGGGGGGGCGGAGGGGGCGGUCCGCCCCGGGUGCCACCAGGGUGGGGGGUGCCAUGACCAGCCCCGCCGCCCCCCCCUCCAUGCUGCAGCCGCCCGAGCGCUCUGCAGAGAGCCUCGGGCGGCUGCAGCUUUGCCCGGGUGGUGCGUCCAUGAGGGCGGACCGCACCGCCCUGGCGCAGCCUGAGGAGAGGCUGACAGGAGGGAAGCGCUCAGCGCUGAGCGCUCCAUCCUGUCAGCUUCCUUUCCUGUAGCGUGGCCGAGCCCUGUAUAGUCCGCGGGUAAAGGGAGCAGCUGUCUCCUGUACCCGGCCGUACUAACAGGAAGUGCACACAGUGCACACAGUGUGUGCACUUCCUGUUAGUCCGGCCGGGUACAGGAAACAAAAGCUACCUGUACCCGCCGACUAUAUAGGGCUCGGCCACGCUACAGCAAAAGGGAGGGGAUGAUAAAGAUGGGGUGAGAGGAGAAAGGGGGUGAAGAGAAAUGAGGGGAGAGAAAAGAGAAAAGAAAGGGGGUGAGAGAAAGAGGGGAGAAAGAGAAAGGGGGUGAGAGAGAAAUAAGAGGGGGGGGUGAGAGAAAGGAGGGGUGGUAAUUAUGGGGGGUGUAUUAAUUAUGGGGGGUAUUAAUUAAGGGGGGAAUUAAUUAUGGGUAGUGGAUUAAUUAAGGGGGGGUGGAUUAAUUAAGUGGGGUGUAUUAAUUAAGGGGGGAUGGAUUAAUUAUGGGGGGUGGAUUAAUUAUGGGGGAGUGGAUUAAUUAAGGGGGUGGAUUAAUUAGUGUGGAUUAAUUAAGGGUGUGUGUAUCAAUUAAGGGGGGUGGAUGAAUUAGUGUGGAUUAAUUAAGGGGUAUGGAUUAAUUAAGGGGUAUGGAUUAAUUAAAGAAAACCUUUAACAUUUUACAUGUUUUUUUUUUUUUUGGGGGUGGGGGGUGCCAAGCACAGGAUCCGCCCCGGGUGCCAAAUGCUCUAGGUACGCCCCUGCUCUAUAUUCUAAGAGUUCCGAUCUGUCUUUUUCACUAAUGUUUUUUAUAGUUUGGUUUCAAUUAUUCAUAGGGUAGUUUUUUUGAGAGAAUUUAUUUAAUAGCAUCUGGGAUUGAGCCUCAAAAUCUUGGGUAAGAGAACAAUUCCUUCGAAGGCGGAGGAACUGACUUUUGGGUAUUCCAUGAAGCCAAGGUUUAUAAUGGCAACUAGACAUAUCAAUCACUUUAUUUGUACACACUUUUUAAAAAAAGGUUUUUGUAUGUAACUUAUUAUUUUGAAUAAAAAUUUCUAAAUCUAAAAAAUGAAUAAGAGAUAGACUGUAUUCACAUGUUAAAACUAUACCGCUAUUAUUUUGAUUUAAAAAAAGUAAAAACUCAUUGAGGGAGUUUUCAGUGCCCUCCCAAAUAAAAAAUAAAUCAUCGAUAUAUCUAAAAUAUGUGACCAGGUUUGCCUGCCAGUCAUGCUCUCCCAAAAUGGCCGUGGCUUCCCACUCUGCCAUAAAAAGGUUAGCAUAACUGGGGGCAAACCUGGACCCCAUAGCCGUUGUGACGAGACCAAUCUCACCACUGUGCAUUGAAAGAGCCUGGUUGCCCGCCUGCUGCCUUUAGACUAUGGCCCCAUGUUGAAACGCUUGAUUUUCCCCUGCAAAGACACGAAAGCCAGGUCAUUUGGUGCUUGCCCUGUUUGAGCGGUGAUACCCCAGAUAGCUAUGCCAUGGAGCUCAUUCGUAUAAUGAAAGAAUAUGGGAAAGACUUUGGCUCCAUGGCAAUUGAACUGUAUGUGUGUGAUCUGAGCGCCAUUCAGUAAUAAUGUGCGCUGAGAUCUGAGCUAUCUGGGGAUAUGUUGAAUGUACCUGUUUUAUGCAAUGGCUGCACAUUUAUAUAUUUUUAUGUAUUUUAUUGUCUUUUGCUGCUAUGUGUUCAAUGGAGUUUUGCCUCUGUCCUUGGAGACAAUUGGAUUACUUCCCAAUUAUCUCCAGGAUAGAAGAUUCUGUGGAACUGGUUUUGGGCAGAAAAAACAUGCUUCAUUUGGUCAUAAAGGACUACGAUCUAUCUUUUGACCGACUGGACCAAUUUGUAUGAUUUUGACGUAUGUUUGUAUUUGGAGUAUGCUGAUUCUGAAAAUGUAAGUUUUAUGUGAAUGUGAUGCAUACUUUUAAAAUUAUGAAUAAUGUGGAAAAACUGUAUUUCUCUGCCUGUGAUAAUUACAUUACCCAUUGUGUAAGGUAAUUGUAUCACAGGCAGAGGGAAGGAUUUUGUGUGGGAGUGUCUGAGUGUAUUGUACGUGUUAAUUGGUUGUUUUCCUAAACCCUCUGGGUGGUACUAAUGUGUAAGAAUGUGUAUAUAAGAACAAUAAACCCACAGCUCUGUCUGUUCACUGCUUGACCCUCAACACGGAGCUUUGUCUCGUUCUUGGGGGGAUUUAUUGUAUGCUGUUCCAGUUCGACUGCGUGUAAACCUUUCAUUUGUUUUUUCCUAUUCGGCUGUUUACAGCAUUCGUAUGGUUCCGGUUCGGCUGUUUACGGCAUUCAUAUGGUUUCCUGUUCGGCUGGAUUGGUGUCUACAGUAGCUGCCUGUAUAUCUGGAAGGGAAUAUCUCCUAAAUGGCUGUUAAUCCCUUGUAUGCCUGGGGGUGCCAUUACAAUUGGUGGCAAGCGGCGGGAUCGUUCCUACAGCCAGAAGGACAGCUACAAAGAGACACAAUUCACUGGAUUUACAAAUUGAGGGCAACGCAUGUCCCAGUACAGCGACCCUGACAGCACCAGGAUGGAACCAGCAGUGGAGUACAGCUACUCUUUAGAGGAGUUUGACCGUAUGAUGUGGUUGCGGCUGAACUUCUACGGACCCAAUCCACCUGAGAAAUCUGUGAAGUUCGUGAGGAGCCUAGUGUUCAAGACCACUGCUUAACCUUCAACACGGAGCCUUGUCUUGUUCUUGGGGGGAUUUACUGUAUGCUGUUAGAGACUGAUUGCUAGGAGUGUAAGCCGCUUGGGUGCUUUUCCUAUUCGUCUGCUAGCAGCUAUUCGUGAGGUUCCAGUUCAGGAGUUUGGAGUGACUUUUUGUAUGCAGUUCGGGAGUUUGGAGCAUUCCCUUGUAUUCAGUUCGUGAGUUUGGUGUUCUGCAGUAGCUGUGCCUGUAUCUCUGGAAGGGGAAGAUCUUCUAAACGACGUUUAACCCCUUUUAUGCCUUGGGGUGCCGUUACAGCCGUCCCUUGUUUUUGUAAAUAAAAUGAAUCUAAAAGCCAGAAAUAAUUAUUUUUAAAAAUAAUAUUUAUACCUUGGAUGAUAAAACGUAUCUGUUGGUCUGAAAUCUUGUUUUCAGCCCUUAAAAUUUUCUCAACUGCCGAACAACCUUUAUCAUGAGGAAUGAUUGUGUAUAAGGAUUGUACGUCACAUGUAACUAAAAAAUAUGUAUCCUUCCAAAUAAAAUUAUUUAAAAACCGGAGUAGGGUCAUUGAAUCUUUUAAGUAUGAUUUCAUACAUUUUACUGAAGGUUGUAAAAGAAUGUCCAAGUAUUCGGAUAGAUUAGAUAAAAUUGAAUUAAUCCCUGAUACAAUAGGCCUACCAGGAGGGUUUACAGCAUUUUUAUGAAUUUUCAGUAGGAAGUAGAUAACAGGGAUUUUUUGGUGGGAAACAUUUAGGAAUUCAAAUUCUUGUUUAUUUAAAAUAUUUUGGUCUCGGCCACUGUUUAAGAAGGAAAUUAAAACCUGUUGAAUUCUUGAGGUGGGGUCUUGUGAUAAUUUUUUGUAAACCUUACAGUCGUUAAGUUGUCUCAUAGCUUCUCCCAUAUACAUAUCUUUAGACAGUAUUACAAUACCUCCACCUUUAUCAGCCGGCUUUAUAACAAUACUUUCAUCCUUUUGCAAUUGUAAAAGUGCUUUUCGUUUUAGUUGUGUGAGGUUAUCGUGAUUAAAUUUUUCUUUUUUGAUUUUUUUCAAAAUCUUUUGUAACCAAUUUUCCAAAGACUUCUAAGGGACCUGUUUUAAAACUAGAUGGAAAAAUGUAGAAUUUUUGUCUAAUGCCCAUUUACAGCAUUCCUAGGGAUAGGACACUGAUUGGUUAGAUCAAAGUCCGAUCCUGGAGUAGGUGAGACACAGAAAGAGCAGAUCUCGGAGAAUAAUCAUAUUAACUGCUUUUUUUCAGCCAGCAGAGUGAGGAAACUGUCUCAUUUAAUGAUAAAGCUUGUGAACGAGACAGUUUCAAAGUGAUUCAUGCCACUUAAAGGAUAAAACUAAAAGGAACAUUAAACCUUAACUCAGGUCAUAUGGGCAAUAUAUACAGUAGUUGUAUCACAGUCCUUGCGUAAUACUAAAUGGGGGAGACUUAUCAUAGUGUCACAGGCCGUUUUACGCCCCAUUUUCUGCAAACUGUUGGCACAAUUUAUUAAAUCUGUUUUUUUUUUUUCAUCUGUUGCUUCAUUUGUGCUCUCAUCAUAAUUUUUGAAUACAUGACUUGAUAUUUUCCUUGAUGCAAUGGAAUUAUCAAUCUUUCUUCCACUUUUUCCAAUUUUUUAUUUUUUUAUUUCUCAAUUUGUAGAGUCUGGAUAUCCAGUUUAUUUCUAUGAAUUCCUGCAUCCAUUAGCCGUUGCGAAGAAUACAAGGCCAGACUAUGUUAAAUCAGAUCAUGGGGACGAACUUUACUAUGUUAUGGGAGCCCCAUUCCUUCAUUCUGAUGCCUCCGCCAAAGGUAAAUCACGAUUAUUUUGUGACAUUCAUUAUUAUUUUUUAUAUAGAGUAACAUAUUCCAUAGUACUUUACUAUGGGGAUAUAAAAAAACUGAGAAAAAUAACAAAACAGGCUAGAGUGAUUCAUAAACAAGUAAAGGCAUUGGUUCGGCUCCAAGAUACUUCUUUUUUUUGUUUUUUAAAGGGACACUACAGGCACCAAACCAGCCUUUGCUUAGUGAAGCAAUUGUGGUGUAUAGAUUAUGCCCCUGCAGUCUCACUGCUCAAUUAUCUGCCAUUUAGGAGUUAAAUCACUUUGUUUAUACAGCUUUUGUCACACCUCACUGCAUGUGACUUACACAGCCUUCCUAAACACUUCCUGUAAAGAGAGAUCUAAUGUUCAAACUUCAUGUAUUGCACAGUCUGUUUAAUUUAGUAUUAGUAUUACAGUUCACAUAUUCCAUAGUACUUUACUAUGAGGAUAUAUAUAAAAUAAUAAUAAUAACAAAACAGGUUAAAGUGAUUACUAACCAAUACAAGCAUUGGUUUAUUUCUGAUAUUCUACAUUUUAUGUUUUUCAAGCUUCUGUGUGUUUGCAUGGCUAUCAUUUUCCUUUUUUUCCCUUCAAGAUGGUACAACAGAGGGCGAAAUGAAUCUGAGCAAAACAAUGAUGAAAUAUUGGGCCAACUUUGCUCGAAAUGGGUAAGACAUGAUGUUUCCAUAUAUAUUUAAAAAAACUUUUGUGAUUUGAAGUGGUCAUGGUGGUAGGAGUAUGUAUAUGCAGUAUUUCAGCUUGAAACAUUACACAUGCAGAUUUAUUGUUAUUUGUGUGCUGGGGGCUAGUUGCAGGCUGCCAAUGUCAGUUCUGUGCAUAUUUUGCGUCAGUAGUCAGCGCACACUGUGCUGGUGACAGAAGUGCUAAUCUUCCUACUUGCAGGCAGAGUGCCUGUAAGGGGAAGAUAUAUUUUCCCUUCCUCCCUCUGGGCGCUCCCUCCACGUCUUGAAUGGCUUUUAAAAAUGUUUUUAAAUUAAAAUUACCAUGCCUUUUUCCCAUCUCCUCCCCUCCCCUUGUUGGCUCAGAUUGCACGCAUUUGCUCUGAGCCUGUGAAUUGGUCCAAUCACAGGCCUCUCUGUGAAAUGCCUGUGAUUGGACCAUGCAAGGCCCAUAUGACAUCAGACGGAUUGCGUGGAAAUCAGCGCGGGGAUAUUCGCCCUGCCCUGGAUUCCAGGUAAGUAAACACUUUAUUUUUUAAAGGUUUAUGGAAAACAGAGGGUGGGUGGGGAGCUCAGUAGGGCAUGUUACAUAGAAUAGGUACUUAUCUCAACAAGGUUAAAGUAUCUCUUUGGAGAUAAACUGUCACAUUUCUUUAUGACAUCACUGACUAAAACAUCGAGAAUCACCUGUAUCUUUUAUUCAUACAGAGCUCUAUUUUCUGUUACAUAGUUACAUAGCUGAAAAGAGACUUGCGUCCAUCAAGUUCAGCCUUCCUCACAUUUGUUUUUGCUGUUGAUCCAAAAGAAGGCAAAAAAAAAAACAGUUUGAAGCACUUCCAAUUUUGUAACAAACUAGGAAAAAAAUUCCUUCUUGACCCCAGAAUGGCAGUCAGAUUUAUCCUUGGAUCAAGCAAUUAUUACCCUACAUUGAAAAAUUAUAUCCUUGAAUAUUCUGUUUUUGCAAGUAUGCAUCUAGUUGCUGUUUAAACAUCUGUAUGGACUCUUAUAAAACCACUUCUUCAGGCAGAGAAUUCCACAUCCUUAUUGUUCUUACAGUAAAAAAACCUUUCCUUUGCCUUAGACGAAAUCUUUCUUCUUCCAGUCUAAACGCAUGACCUCGUGUCCUAUGUAAAGUCCGGUGUUUUGGCCCUGAAUAUAUUUGUAUAAUGUUAUCAUAUCCCCUCUCAGGCAACGUUUUUCUAAACUAAAUAGGUCUAAAUUUGUUAACCUUUCUUCAUAGCUGAUAUGUUCCAUUCCUUUUAUUAAUUUUGUAGCCCGUCUAUGCACUUUUUCUAGUGCCAUAAUAUCCUUCUUUAGAACAGGUGCCCAAAAUUGCACAGCAUAUUUAAUAUGUGGUCUUGCCAGUGAUUUAUAAAGAGGCAAAAUGAUAUUCUCACCCCGAGAAUGAAUGCCCUUUUUCAUGCAUGACAAUACCUUACUGGCCUUGGCCACUGCUGACUGACAUUGCACAUUGUUGCAUAAUUUGUUGUCUAUAACAAUUCCCAAGUCUUUUUCAUGUGUUGCUAUCCCUAAUUCGCUUCCAUUAAGGGUAUACAUUGCGUGUGCAUUCUUUACGCCGAAGUGCAUAACUUUGCAUUUUUCAACAUUAAAUUUAAUCUGCCACUUUAGUGCCCAGUCCCCCAGUCUAUCUAAAUCCCUCUGCAGCAAAGUAAUAUCUUGCUCACAUUGUAUUAUUUUACAGAGUUUUGCGUCAUCUGCAAACACUGAAGCAUGACUUUCAAUGUUGUCUUCGAGAUCAUUUAUAAAUAUGUUAAAUAGAAGUGAAUGUUAAAGUUAAAUGUAUAUUAAAGAUUUAGUAACUAACAUCACAAUCCAGUUGAGUUUUGGCACAGCAAGAGCAUACGUUGGAUUGGAGAAGCAGAAACCAGACCAUUGGUGAAGAUUUACCAAAGUGUAGGGUUCUAAAAAUAUUUUAUAAAGUCAGAAUCAUCAUUAAUGCAAGCUUAAUGCGCAAUGAUUGGUUUCCAUGGUGAUUGUCCCACUUUUAGAUUUUGAACCAUUUUUCAGAACAGGGCGUAGUAUUUGUUUCUCCUCCUCGCUCUCUUUGCUGUCUGCCAGGUGCAGAGAUUUUAAUAAUGAUUGACAGAGCCAAGAUGGAGACGAUCGGUGCCAACAUAGAAGUAAAGAGAGCUGUGUGGAUUUCUACAUUGAAUUGCUUUUCAAACCUCACAAACAUAUUUGUUAGCUAUAGGGGAUAAUUAAAUCAAAUAUUGAAAAUCCUCUGAUGUAGUCAAAUAUUUGCCAGGAAAAAAAACAUCUCAACUCUCGCCCUUUGUUUUGUAAUACAUUAGCUGGGAUACACUUGUGACUUAAAAAAAAAGAAAAAGAAAUGAAAUGUAAUCGGAAAAUAAAGUGAGCCAAAAGGCACAGUGAGGAAUAUUUUUGGGGGGGAAUAGUGAAAUAUACAAGAAAAUCAUUAGAUUGCUAAAUGGAAGCACAACAGUUUGUAUACAUAACAUCUAUGUCAUGGGUUGGCUAAAGAAUCCUCAGCAAGGUGAGAGGCAGCGACCUAACAAAGACAGAGGGCAGGAAGAGGCGUAUUGCCGGACCUUAGCGUGUCUUGCUAACGUAAAGGUAGAACUAUAAAACAACAAGACCAGACUAAGAGAAGGCUACAAACCAGGAGAGGAACAAAAUACUAAUAAAUGCAAAAUACACAGUACCAGACACACCUGUCAUGUAUUCAUCCGCUUAUAAAAAGGUGAUUAAUGGAAUUUACUGUUCAGACAGGAAAAGUUGUGCCGAACAACAUUACUGUCCUGACAGGAAAAGUUGUGCCGAGCAGCAAUCAAAUCCACAGGAGGGUUUGUGCUGAGCAGCAAUUAUGCAAAUAGGAACCUGGUAACUGCCUUUGGGGUCAAAUGCCGGUUACAACCAAUCGGAUCCACAGGCGGGGUAUUUAGGUCCACUUCUCCUCUUGCUCAGUGCCCUUUCGUUGUUUCGUGGUUUUCCGAGAGCGCAUUAUUUGACUUUGGCAUUGAUUUUGACUUCCCUGUUUUCUGGCAUCCAUGACCCCUGGCUUUUCCUUAUCGUUUUGUCUCUUUGUGUGUCCUUCGACGUCGACUAUUCCUGACUAUUCUUUGGUACGUUAGUCCGGACAUUUUAAGGUCCGGAAACGUUACCUAUCAGUCCUCUGUGUUACCCUCCGUUUACACACAGUCUUUUAUUAACUAGUUUUUGUCUUCUGAUCCACAGAGAUCCCAACGGACCAGGUCUUGUAAAAUGGCCAAGAUAUCAAGAAAAUGAAGCCUACAUGCAACUUGACUUGGAGCAGAAACCCUCAGAAAAGUAUAAAGCAGACAAGUUUGUUUUCUGGACCAAGACUCUUCCAGAGACCAUUCAAAAGAUGUCAGAGGAAAAAAGAGAACUGUAG